AUGGUUGUACGAAUUAAAAGCCUUUUUAUAAUUUCGUAUUCCUUGGUUGACACUUUGUUCCCUCCCUGGGACACAACAGAAAUGAUGCAACCAAUGGACGCAAUCCCUGGCAUACCAGAAGAAGUGCCAGAAGAAGAUAAUUUAGCAGUUAAAGCUGGUGAUAAUGUUAAAUCUUUGCAAGGUUUAACGGCUGAAGUUGCUCAUGAAAACUUGGCUUUAUUAAAUGCAAAAGUCGACCAAUUGAUUGAAACUGUGAAGCAACUUAAACUCACAAGUUCAACACAUGCAGAUGUUAAUCAAUUUCCUCGACAGUCAAACUUGCCGCAAUUUCAGAAUUCCAAUGAGUGGAAGGAUAUAAAGAACAUAAUUGAUCUUACUGAAGCUGUUCCUGAAAUCUGA